AUGAAAAAAUGCAGGCCUAUAUGCAGGACAGUGUCAGAUGCAGUGUAUGUGCUUGAUGCAAUUGUUGGUUUUGAUCCAAGGGACUCUGAAGCAACGAGGGAAGCAGCUGAGUAUAUACCUACUGGUGGUUAUAAACAGUUUCUGAAAAAGGAUGGGCUCAAAGGGAAGAGAGUGGGCGUAGUGAGAAAUCCAUUUUUGGACUCCUUCGAUGUUUCAACUGUUAUAUCAACAUUCAACCACCACCUGGAAGUGUUAAGGCAAGGCGGUGCAAAUGUAGUGGAUAAUCUUCAAAUAGCAAAUAUUGAUGUCAUUAUGGAUCCCUCCCAAAGCGGUGAAGCAAUUGUAAUGCUAGCUGAGUUCAAGCUCACAAUCAACCAGUAUCUUGAAGAACUAAUCAAAUCUCCUGUGAGGUCACUGGCAGAAAUCAUCGCGUUCAACAAUAAUAAUCCAGAUCUGGAAAGCAUGAACAAGUAUGGUCAGGAGCUGCUUAUUGCAGCGGAGAUGACUAAUGGGUUUGGAGAGGAAGAGAUGAAGGCGGUGAAGUUAAUGGAAAAGCUGUCAGAAGAAGGAUUUGAAAAGUUGAUGAAAGAGAAUGAGUUAGAUGUCAUGGUGACACUCGGCGUGGAUGUUUCUACAGUUCUAGCUAUUGGAGGUUACCCUGCACUUACAGUCCCAGCCGGCUAUGACAGCAAGGGAAAGCCAGUUGGUAUCUGUUUUGGAGGACUAAAAGGAAUGGAGCCAAAGCUGAUAGAGGUUGCUUAUGCUUUUGAGCAGGCUACUCUAUCCCGCAAGCCUCCUUUCUCCUUCUCUUUGGACUUGAAACAAAAGCUCUCUCUCUAA